CAAAUAAACAAACAGAUCGGUAUUGUUUCAGUCUGUAUCACUAGUAAGGCUCUCCUUUGAAAAGCAGUAGUAACGAACGCUGUGGGUUGAGUCGAACAGAAGUGUUCGGCUUUGUGGAUUUUGACCUUUGUUUAUCAAUGAUUAAUUUAUUGUUGUGUGCUUCAAGGGUUUGUUAUUCAGUCUCUUCAUUUUGCAGGCAUUCUUUCUUCAUACUGUGCUUCUUUCAGCUUGCACUGAAUUCAUCUUAACGGGACAUAAUGGACCUUAAAGAGUACUUGAACAGGAUCGGGUUUACUGGCCAGCAUGACAAAGCUGACCUAGACAACUUGUUCACCAUCCACAAGCUGCAUGUUAUGAAUAUUCCAUUCGAGAACCUCAGCAUCCAUUCUGGCGAGAAGAACACCAUGGACCUGCAUGUCAUCUAUGAUAAAAUAGUCAAGAGCAAUCGAGGAGGCUGGUGUUGUGAAAACAACCUCUUGUUCUCAUGGGUUCUGAAGGAGAUGGGAUACGAAUUCACCAUACUAGGCUCCAAAGUGUACAACUCUCAGGAAAAGGAGUUCCUCCCAUUGGACUCUCACAUCAUCAAUCUGGUGGAGGUCGAUGGCAAGCAGUACAUUGCGGAUGUGAGCUUUGGAGUGUCGUGCCAAAUCUGGCAUCCCUUAGAGUUGAUCUCAGGUAUAGACCAGCCACAGCCUCCAGGAGUGUUCCGCCUCAUAAAUAAUGAGAUUAAGUGGGUUUUGGAGAAGACCGGGAGGAAGCAAAUGGUCAAAGAUAAGGCCUUUGCUAAUUCCAGCCUCAUUGAUAAAAGGCUCACCAAAACAUUAUACACUUUCACAUUAACGCCCCGUAAUGCAGAUCAUUUCCGAGAGAUGUCACAAACCCUGCAGACUAGUCCAGACUCUCUGUUCAUGCUCAAAUCCAUUUGCUCCCUUCAGACGGCCACGGGCUUCAGAGCUCUGAUUGGUUGGACGUACAGCGAGGUCACAUUCAAAGAUGACUCAGACUUGGUGGACAUGAAAGAAAUCCCAGACAGCGAGAUAGAGGCUUUACUGAGGGAUAAAUUUAACCUGGUGUUAGUUAAGAAAUUCACACCCAAAAACAACAAGGCCAGUUAUUGCAUCUAGUAUUCAGCUCAUCUAUUAAUUUUAGUAAUCAGUGUGUUUUGCUUGAAUAUUGGGAUAAAAUAUGUAUACUCUCUGCUUCUUUGUCUUUUGUUAUUUUGUUAAUGCUCUCUAUAUAUAUUUAAUCAUUUUUAAAUAUUUUUGUUAUUUAAGCUGUGAAAGCGUGUCUCCAUUUUAAGGUUGCAAAUGUCAUAGGACGAUGUGGAGGAUUUAUUUUUCAUUGCAUUUGCUUUACAUAACAAUGCUUGUUGAAUUUAAAGUCAGUAAACUGCUAAUUAUUA